UUGAUCCGCCAGCAGCAUUUAGGGAGCCAGCUUGACUCUGUGUUGAGUAGAUCCCAAAAAUUGUAGUGCACAAAGUGCUCCUUUAGCUGGUGGAUCUGUUCCCUCAGAAAGUGAAUAUGCUUCAUGUAACCAAUUAGUUGUUAGUCAGCUGAAGUGUCUCAUUAUUCUCGUUUUACUGAUUUUUCAUUAUUUGUAGAAAUUAUGACUCACUUACGGAACAAAGUUGCGGUGAUGAGUACCUUUGCUUUAGGCUGCCUCAUUACAUUCAUCGUGUUGACUGUUAAUGAUGUUCUUAAGAACGUAGUGGAAGACCACAUCAAAGAGCAUACGAAGCUGAAGCUGAACAGUGAGGCGUAUAAGAACUGGAAGGACCCUCCCGUUCCCGUCUAUAUGCAGAUCUUCUUCUUCCAUAUUGAAAACCCAGAAGAAAUACUUAAGGGCAACCAGCCCAUGGUGAGGGAAGUUGGACCCUACACAUACUUGGAGCUCAGACACAGGUCUAAUGUGUUACUAUUUGAUAAUGCCACAAUCUCUGCUGCUACUCAGAAAAGUUUUAUAUUCCAACCGGCUAUGUCUGUAGGUGACCCCAGAGUCGAUGUCAUUACAACAAUCAACAUUCCCUUUGUAGCUCUGCUGGAAUCAUUAAAACACAGCGGUGCAUCCCGGAAAAUCUUCCUUUCCUUCUUGUUUGCCUUGAAGAGCAGCGCGAUCUUUCAGACUCACAGUGUGGAUGAGCUGCUGUGGGGUUACGAGGAUCCUCUGCUGAGACUGGGUCACAAACUCCUGCCAGCCUUUUUUCCCAGCAACCGAUUUGGUCUUUUCUAUGGUCUCAAUGGAACAGAUGAUGGAGAGUAUUUAUUUAGCACUGGCAAAAAAGAUUACAUGGAUUUCAGCAAAAUAUUAAUGUGGAAAGGACAAAGAUCACUUAACUGGUGGGCAUCGAAUACCUCCAACAUGAUCAAUGGAACAGAUGGAGCUACCUUCCACCCGCUAAUAAAAAAAGACGAAUCCCUCUACAUUUUUGCUCCUGAUAUUUGCAGGUCUCUGUACUUGACGUUUGAAAAAGAAGUUCAGGUGAAAGGAAUCAGUGCAUAUCGGUUCACUGUUCCCAAAGAGAUUUUUGCAAUUGACAAUCUCAGUAUCGAAGGAUUUUGUCCAGCAAUGAACUGCCAUCUGUCUGGAGUCCUGAACAUCAGCGUCUGCAAGCAAGGAGUUCCUAUCUUCAUAUCAUCUCCUCAUUUUUACAACGGGGAUGAGAAAUUAGUGAGUGACAUAGUCGGAAUGAAACCUGAUAUGGAAGCUCAUCAAACGUUUCUCGACUUAGAACCAAUGACUGGUAUCCCUAUCCGAGCAGCCAAGAGAAUGCAGCUCAACAUCCACAUCCAGGCCGUGGACUAUAUAUUCCAAACUGGUCGAAUAAGGACGAUGCUCUUACCAGUUGUUUUUUUAAAUGAGAAUGCUGUGAUUGAUGACAAAUCAGCUGUUAAAUUGAAAUGGGCGCUACAUAUUAUAAAGGUUGUGUUCUACAUUCCUUACAUUAUCCUAUGGGUUGGAAUCCUGCUAUUUUUGAUUUCUCUUACUCUCAUCUUUGUCAUGUGCAGAUGCAAAGAGAAUAAGGAAUAUACACCUGUAGCUUUAAAAUUGCCAAAUAUCAAAACGCACUGAUGGACAUCGGACCUUGUGUGUUGCUGAAAUUACACAGCUAUGUUGAUUAGAAGUCCAGCCUAAUUUCAGAGCUAUAGUGACUAUAUAUUGGAAUGGACAAACACAGAUUAUUUGACAGAUUGUGUGUUAAUAGAAUCAGUUACCAGUAAUAUUUAAAUGUAUUGUUUUCCAGGCAGUACAACUACAGUUAUGAACUGGAUAAUUCAUAAUUUAAAAAACAGAAUAAAAUGAACCAGUCAUGUUUCAAAAACAAAAUAUAAUUUCUAAUGAUUGGAUACUUGGUAAAAUCACUUCAAACAUAUCAUUUUGAUUUGCUUUCUUUAAACAUUUUCCAAGGCACACUGUAUUGUCUGUAGGGUCAAGUACAUUGUUGCCUUAAUAUAAAACACAAUCAUAGAACAUAGAAUAGUACAGCACAUUACAGGCCCUUCGGCCCACAAUGUUGUGCCGACCUUCAAACCUUGCCUCCCAUAUAACCCCCCAUAUUAAAUUCCUCCAUAUACCUGUCUAGUAGUCUCUUAAACUUCACGAGUGUAUCUGCCUCCACCACUGACUCAGGCAGUGCAUUCCACGCACCAACCACUCUCUGAGUAAAAAAACCUUCCUCUAAUAUCCCCCUUGAACUUCCCACCCCUUACCUUAAAGCCAUGUCCUCUUGUAUUGAGCAGUGGUGCCCUGAGGAAGAGGCGCUGGCUAUCCACUCUAUCUAUUCCUCUUAUUAUCUUGUAUACCUCUAUCAUGUCUCCUCUCAUCCUCCUUCUCUCCAAAGAGUAAAGCCCUAGCUCCCUUAAUCUCUGAUCAUAAUGCAUUCUCUCUAAACCAGGCGGCAUCCUGGUAAAUCUCCUCUGUACCCUUUCCAAUGCUUCCACGUCCUUCCUAUAGUGAGGCGACCAGAACUGGACGCAGUACUCCAAGUGUGGCCUAACCAGAGUUUUAUAGAGCUGCAUCAUUACAUCGCGACUCUUAAACUCUAUCUCUCGACUUAUGAAAGCUAACACCCCAUAAGCUUUCUUAACUACCCUAUCCACCUGUGAGGCAACUUUUCGAUUGGAAGAAAUAGAUUCUACCAGAGUUUCAGCAUGUAACUACAGUGCCUAUAAAAAGUAUUCACACUCCCUCCCCCGGGAAGUUUUCAUGUUUUAGUGUUUUACAACAUUGAAUCACAGUGGAUUUAAUUUGGCUUUUUUGACACUGGUCAACAGAAAAAGACUUUUGUGUCAAAGUGAAAACAAAGCAAUCUAAAUUAAUUACAAAUAUAAAACACAAAAUAAUUGAUUACAUAAUUAUUCACCCCCUUCAAGUCAGUAUUUAGUAGAUGCACCGUUGGCAGCAAUUACAGCCUUGAGUCUGUGUGGAUAGGUCUCAAUCAGCUUUGCACAUCUGGACACUGCAAUUUUUCCCCAUUCUUUACAAACUGCUCAAUCUCUCUCAGAUUGCAUGAGUGAACAGCCCUUUUCAAGUCCAGCCACAAAACCUCUAUUGGAUUGAGGUCUGGACUCUGACUUGGCCACUCCAGGACAUUCACUUUGUUGUUUUUAAGCCAUUCCUGUGUAGCUUUGGCUUUAUGCUUGGGCUCAUUGUCUUGCUGGAAAACAAAUCUACUCCAAGUCAUGGUUUUCUUGCAGAUUGUAUCAGGUUUUCCUCCAGGAUUUCCCUGUAUUUUGCUGCAUUCAUUUUACCUUCUACCUUCACAAGCCUUCCAGGGUCUGCUGCAGUGAAGCACCACCACAGCAUGAUGCAGCCACCACCAUGCUUCACGGUAGGGAUGGUGUGUUUUUGAUGAUGUGCAAUGUUUGGCUUAUACCAAACAUAGCAUUUAAUCUGUUGGCCAAAAAGCUCAAAUUUGGUUUCAGAGUCUCCCACAUGCCUUCUGGUAAAUUCUAGCCAAGAUUUCGUGUGAGAAUAUUUCAACAGUGGCUUUCUUUGCCUCUCUCCCAUAAAGCUGCAACAGGUGAAACACCCAGGCAACAGUCGUUGUACGUGCAGCCAUUUCAACACUGAAGUUUGUAACUCCUCCAGAGCUGUCAUAGGUCUCUUGGUGGCCUCACUCACUAGUACCCUUCUUGCACGGUCACUCAGUUUUUGAGGACGGCCUGCUCAAGACAGAUUUACAGCUGUGCCAUAGUCUUUCAAUUUCUUGAUGAUUGACUUAACUGUACUCCAAGGGAUAUUCAGUGACUUGGAAAUGUUCUUGUAUCCAUCUCCUGACUGGUGCUUUUCAAUAUGCUGUUUGCAGAGUUGCUUGGAGUGCUCUUUUGUCAUCAUUGUGCAGUUUUUGCCAGGAUGCUAACUCAUCAGCAAUUGGACCUUCCAGAUACAGGUGUAUUUUUACUACAAUCAAUUGAAACACCUUGACUGCACACAGGUCUCCAAAAACAGAUCUCAAUUUAACUAAUUAUGUGACUUCUAAAACCAACUGACUGCACCAGUGAUGAUUUGGUGUGUCACAUUAAAGACUUAUGUAGUCAAUUACUUUGUGUUUUAUAUUUGUAAUUAAUUUAAAUCACUUUGUAGAAAUCUGUUUCCACUUUGACAUGAAAAAGUCUUUUUCUAUUGAUCAGUGUCAAAAAAGCCAAAUUAAAUCCACUGUGAUUCAAUGUUGUAAAACAGUAAAACAUGAAAACUUCCAAAUACUUUGUAAUCAGCUCUAUAACUCCAGGUGUUGAUUCAUGCCCUGAGCUCACCUGCUUUUCCUAUGAAACUUCUUCCAUUGAAGUACAUUGUUAAUGUGAGAAGUAAACGACUCAAAUUUUAGACCCUUGGUUACAUUUGGAUACUUUUUAUAGGCACUGUAAAUGCAUUGACAUCUAGAAGUUGCUUUUGUAUUCAGGAACCCAAACUGCUCACCAAGAAUGAGGCACAGUCUAUAGAUCAUGCUCUUGAAACAGUGUCAGAAGAACAUGGAAUCUCCUUUCUAAAAUCACAUUCACUUUCCAAAAGUUUAAAUCAAUCCAUUAGUUGUUAGCCCUUUGCCAAGAUCUUUGGUGAGACAAAAUAAGUGCAUGGAUCUUCUCCACAGUUUGGAGUCAUCCAGGCAGAUCACUCCAUAAAUAAUUACAUUGCGGCAAUACAAAGGGAAAACAGUGCAGAAUGUAGUGUUACAGCAGCUGAGAAAGUGCAGCGCGGGCAUAGGAAUAAAGUGCAAGGGCUAUGACAAGGUAGAUUUGGCGAUCGAGAGUUCAUCUUUUAGUGUACAAGGGGUUUAUUCAACAGAGGGAUAGAGGCUGUCCUUGAGAAUGUACAUACAUUCCCAAGUUCUUGCAUCUCCUGCCUGAUGGGUGAUGGAAGAAGAAAGAAUGGCAAGGGUGGGGUGGGGCAGCUUUGGUUAUGUAAACUGCUUUUCCCAGGCGGUGAGCAGUGCAGAUAGAGUUCAUGGAGAGGAGUCUGGCUUUUGUAAUGGAUUAGCUGUGUAUAUAGCUCUCUGCUGUUUUUACAGCCUUCAGCAGAGCAGCUGCCAUACCACACUGUGAUGCAUCUUGAACUGAUGUUUAUUUUGAUGAAUAUUAUGGUGGCGGAUACAGAAAUGAUAGGGAAAUAAAAGUCCGGUGCCAACUCUACCUUGAGAGUGAUGCCGAGGUACAUUUGCCAGUUUGAAGGACGGAGAUCAAAAGCAAUAAGCUGCAGCUAUAGAAGAUCUGAAAUAAAAGCAGGAAUGCUGCAGGUAUCAGCAGGUCAGGCAAUAUCUGCAGAGAAAGAAAUAGGUUAAUAAAUCAAAUCAAUAGACAGGAAACAGUGGUUGCAACUAAAAUAAGGACAAUAAAGUUAAAAGUACACUUACUAACAAUGAAUACCAUACGCUAUCAAACUAUGAAUACCAAACACCAUCUAACAAUGAAUACCCUAUACAAUCUAACAAUGAAUACUUUGCACUAUCUAGAAAUGAAUGCCAUACACCAUCCAGAAAUGAAUACCAUACACAGUAAAGAAAUGAAUACCAUACACCAUCUAGAAUUGAAUACAAUACACGGUCUAAGAAUGAAUACCAUACACCAUCUUUGUAGAAAUGAAUACCAUGAACCAUCUAACAGUGAAUAUGAUACACCAUCUAACAAUAAAUACCAUAAACUAUCUAGAAAUGAAUACCAUACACCAUCUGACAAUGAAUACCAUGUACCAUCGAACAGUGAAUAACACCAUCUAGAAAUGAAUACCAUGAACCAUCUAACAAUGAAUACCAUGCACCAUCUAACAAUGAAUACCAUACACCGUUGAGAAAUGAAUACCAUACACCAUCUAGAAAUGAAUACCAUACACCAUCUAGAAAUGAAGACCAUACACCAUCCAGAAAUGAAUACCAUACACCAUCUAGAAAUGAAGACCAUACACCAUCUAGAAAUGAAGACCAUACACCAUAUAACAAUGAAUACCAUACACCAUCUAACAAUGAAUAUCAUACACCAUCUAAUAAUGAAUAGCAUACAUCGUCUAGAAAUGAAUACCAUACACCAUCUAACAACAAAUACCGUACACCGUCUAACAACGAAUACCGAAAACCAUCUAACAAUGAAUAUCAUACACCAUCUUGAAAUGAAUACCAUACAUCAACUAGAAAUGAAUGCCAUACGCUAUUUAGAAAUGAAUACCACACACCAUGGAGAAAUGAAUACCAUACACUGUCGGGGAAUGAAUACCAUGCACCGUUGAGAAAUGAAUACCCCCAUGCACCGUCUAACAACGAAUACCAUACACCGUCUAAGAACGAGUACCAUACACAACCUAACAAUGAAAUCCAUGCAUCAUCUGGAAAUGAAUACCAUAAACCAUCUAACAAUGAAUACCAUACAUCAUCUAGAAAUGAAUACCGUACACCAUCGAGAAAUGAAUAACAUACACCAUCUAACAACGAAUAGGAUACAUCAUCUAACAAUGAAUACCAUAUACCAUCUAACAAUCAAUACCAUACACCAUAGAGAAAUGAAUACCAUAUGCCAUCGAGAAAUGAAUAACAUACACUGUCGAGAAAUGAAUACCAUACACCAUCUAGAAAUUAAUACCAUACACCGUCUAACAAUGAAUACCAUACACCGUAUAACAAUGAAUACUAUACAUCAUCUAACAAUGAAUACCAUACAUCAUCUAACAAUGAAUACCAUACACCACCUUGUAUGAAUACCAUAAACCAUCCUGAAAUGAAUACCAUACACCAUUUUGUAAUGAAUACCAUACACCAUCCUGAAAUGAAUACCAUACACCAUUUUGUAAUGAAUACCAUACACCAUUAUGAAAUGAAUACCAUACACCAUCUAGAAAUGAACACCAUACACCAUCUAGAAAUGAAUACCAUACACCAUCUAGAAAUGAAUACCAUACACCAUCUAGAAAUGAACACCAUACACCAUCUAGAAAUGAAUACCAUACACCAUCCAGAAAUGAAUACCAUACACCAUCCAGAAAUGAAUACCAUACACCAUCUAACAAUGAAUACCAUACACCAUCUAAAAAUGAAUACCAUACACCGUCUAGAAAUGAAUACCAUACACCAUCGAGGAAUGAACACCAUACACCAUCUAACAAUGAAUACCAUUCUCCAUCUAACAAUGAAUACCAUACACUGUCUAACAACGAAUACCAUACACCAGCUAACAAUGACUACCAUACACCACCUUGUAUGAAUAUCAUAAACCAUCCUGAAAUGAAUACCAUACACCAUUUUGUAAUGAAUACCAUACACCAUCGUGAAAUGAAUACCGUACACCAUCUAACAAUGAAUACCAUACACCAUCUAAAAAUGAAUAACACCAUCUAGAAAUGAACACCAUACACCAUCUAACAAUGAAUAACACCAUUUAACAAUGAAUACCAUACACCAUUUAGAAAUGCAUCUUCUUGCAGGCAGCCGUAAAGCAAAGAAGGAAUAGAGUCCAUGUAAAGCCCCACACCACAAGGACAGAUACACAUCUAAUCUGCGAAAAAGCCCCACACCACAAGGGCAGACACACAUCUAAUCUGUGAAAAAGCAAGAACAAAUCAUGGAAACAGUAAAAAAGCAAACAAACAAUCGACAGAACGUGAACUACAGGAUCCCUGAAAGUAAGUUUAGAAAAAUAGUUACGGUCUUUGCAAAAACUACAUGGAAGAAACUCCCGCUUAUCCAGUGUUCGAUGUUAUAGAUAAUGGAGGGACUGAUUGAGUCAGUGGUAAGUUAAAACUGGUUGCCUUGAAUAUAUGUGUGAUGAAAGACACUAUACUCUUCCUUGGGUGAUGUAACUGAGGGAACCACAUGGAUAAAGAUGGAAUCACCAAACAAUUGAUACUAGACCGUAGAAUCGUCAUAGCGAUAUUUGAUUCUGCGCUUUGCGCAGAACUGUACUCCACUUUGUGCAAAUAUAGAAUGGUAUUAAAGGAUUGCAGAUUUCAUGGUCUCUUCAAUAUUUUCCUUACUUUACUGGGGAGGUAUUAUUUGCUGGUGCUGACUAGUAUUCCCUCUCAUAUGUGUCAAGCUUCACAGUAGAUUGCAACCUUCUAGCUUGCUAUUUUAUUCAGAUUCAGGGUAACUUCUUCGCUGAUUCACUGCUGUUUAAUUCUUGCCAACCAUCAUUUACCAAUCCAGCUCUGAGUGUGUGCGUUUUCUUUCACAUUCCAAAGACGAAUGAUUCGAGUUACCAUGUUGUAGGCAUGCUAGGUUGGCGCCAGAAGCAUGGCGAAACUUAUGGGCACAUUUCUCGUGCGUUUGAUUCAACACGAGUGAUGCACUUCACUGUAUAUUUAGUACAUGUGCCAAAUAAAGCU